AUGCUCAGCAAAGCCUACGAUUUUCCAAGAACGAAGAGUUGCAACCUUGGAACUGGUGCUAGGAAUGACGGGCUGCUAACGAGCACAUUCGGUAUUGAAUUGAGUGCCGUGAUAGUUUCAUGA